AUAAGAUGCACCGGUGUCCGGGAGACACCAAGACCUUGCCGUAAUCCGGGACAGGGACCAUGGCUCGGCUGUUGCUGGUCUGCGCGCUUUCCGUAUCAUUCGCCUGCUUCGCCUCUGGCUACCAGUCGCGAUACUACUUCUCAAGUAAUGGCUUAGGUGGUGGACAAGGUGGUGGAUUGUUCGGCAGCGGUGGCCUAAGUAGCCUCUUCAGUGGAGGAGGAUUUGGAGGUAGCGGCCUCGGCGGCGGCUAUGGUGGUGGUGGACAAGGCGGUGGAAUGUUUGGCAGUGGCGGCCUCGGUAGCCUCUUCAGUGGAGGAUAUGGAGGUAGCGGCCUCGGCGGCGGCUACGGUAGCAGUGGACAAGGCGGUGGAAUGUUUGGCAGCGGCGGCCUCAGUAGCCUCUUCAGUGGAAGAUAUGGAGGUAGCGGCCUCGGCGGUGGCCUUGGUAGCCUCUUCAGUGGCAGCCUUGGAAGUGGUGGCUACGGCGGCAGUGGUGGUUUCGGCAGCGGCGGCUUGGGAGGAGGCUACGGUGGUAGCAGCGGUUACAGCGGGAGCGGCUAUGGUGGAAGCAGUGGUGGCUCUGGCGGUAGCGGCAUGAGUAGCGGCUUCGGCAGCCUUGGAGGAGGUAGCGGCUUGAGCAGCCUCUUCGGCGGCCUUGGAGGAAGUAGCGGCUUCGGUGGUGGCCUCAGCAGCGGUGGCCUUGGUGGUCUCUUCGGCAGUGGAAGUUCAAGUCGCCGACGCCGUGCACGUGGACGAGGACGCGGAAGGCGCUAUGGUGGAAGCGGCGGCUUCGGCGGCAGUGGAUAUGGUGGCAGCAGCGGCAUGGGUGGAGGCCUCGGCGGUUACGGCGGCAGCAGCAUGGGUGGAAGCUUUGGCGGCGGCAGCGGCAUGGGUGGUGGCCUUGGUGGAUACGGCGGAAGUAGCGGCAUGAGUGGAGGCCUCGGUGGUUACGGCGGCAGCAGCGGCAUGAGUGGAGGCUACGGCGGAUAUGGUGGCAGCAGCAGCAUGGGUGGAGGCCUUGGAGGAUACGGCGGAAGUAGUGGCAUGAGUGGAGGCUUCGGUGGAUAUGGAGGCAGCAGCGGCAUGAGUGGAGGCUACGGCGGAUACGGCAGCAGCGGCAUGGGUGGAGGCCUUGGCGGAUAUGGUGGUAGCAGCGGCAUGAGUGGAGGCUACGGCGGAUACGGCAGCAGCGGCAUGGGUGGAGGCUACGGCGGAUACGGCAGCAGCGGCAUGGGUGGAGGCCUUGGCGGAUAUGGUGGUAGCAGCGGCAUGAGUGGAGGCUACGGCGGAUACGGCAGCAGCGGCAUGGGUGGAGGCCUUGGCGGAUAUGGUGGUAGCAGCGGCAUGAGUGGAGGCUACGGCGGAUACGGCAGCAGCGGCAUGGGUGGAGGCCUUGGCGGAUAUGGUGGUAGCAGCGGAAUGAGUGGAGGCCUCGGAGGAUAUGGCGGUAGCAGCGGCAUGAGUGGAAGCUACGGAGGCUAUGGCAGCAGCGGCAUGGGCGGAGGUUUCGGCGGAUCCAGCGGCAGCGGCGGCAUGGGUGGAGGUUUCGGUGGUCUUAGCAGCCUCGGCAGUUUCGGAGGUGGCUCCAGUGGAGGUCAAGGGGGUAGUUCACAGCAGAAGGUGUCCUUAUUCUAAUUUACAGCAGUAAAUUAGAGACUCGCUUGGGAGAAGAUAUGUGUGCGAAAAUAAACUCCCCCUGUCCCUCGGAAAAAA